UCGAUUGCUCAAGAUGGAAUCCAAGGAAUCUCCUCUCCGACUGCACCAUCUCCCCUCUCUCAUUUGGCACUUUACGGAAAGCAACUUUCCAACCUUUGUGAUCCCCAACUCCCUAUUCGGCUUCCUUGGAGCCCUCUCUGGACCUGCUCUCACUACGGCUUCGUCUCCCCCCUCGCUAGACACCCUUUUUGCCCGCCUCCCUCUCAUCAUCCUCUUCAACUGGGCCACUGUGCUCAUCUUCGACCUCGCCAACCAGCGCCUCACCGAAUCCAUCCUCGAAGACCAACUCAACAAACCCUGGCGUCCCCUGCCCACCCGUCGCAUCAGCGCCACCCAAACCCGUCGCCUCCUACUGGGUGCCAUCCCCACCGUGCUAGCCCUGAACUACACCCUAGGUGUCUGGCACGAAACCACUCCCAUCCUUCUCCUCACCUGGCUCUACAACGACCUGAAAGGCGGCGAUGAAAUCAUCCGCGACGGAAUCAUCGCCAUCGCAUACGGGUUGUAUAAUACCGGAUCGCUCCGAAUCGCCUGCGGCAAAGAGAGCCAGCCCUCGGAGCAGGGAUAUGUGUGGAUUGGGAUGGUGAGUGGGGUGAUUUUGACGACGAUGCAGAUCCAGGACCUCAAGGAUCAGGCUGGGGAUCGGGCGCGGGGAAGACGGACAAUUCCGUUGGUGCUGGGGGAGCAGUGGUCGAGAUGGCUGAUAGGGUUGUUGGUGGUUGGAUGGAGUGGCGUGUGUGUGUGGUUCUGGGCGUUGCCGGGGUGGUGGUACGGGAUGGUUGGGGGGAUGGGAGGGAUGGUUGCGGUGCUGGUGCUGAGGAGGAGCUCCGUCGAGAGGGAUGCCUUGGCGUGGAGAGUGUGGUGUGCCUGGUUGGUUAGCUUGUAUCUCUUGCCGUGCUUGCGGGGAGUGGCUUGGUGAUUUGAUUGUAGGGAGUGUAUAGAAGGUGGUAGGCGGGUGUGGUUUCACUGAUUAAGGUUGGAUGGACAGGGUCGCAGGAUGUUGGGCAGGCACGCCGAUGCAGGCUUCGCGGUUGAUUGGUGAAUGCGCAAAUAUACCGAGGAUGUAGCUAUUUAGAGGGUUUGAUUAGCACAUCAUAGAAUUCCUGUGCGGGAUGAUCUGAGCAAAAGAGUAAAG